CGCGGUUAUCGUGUGGUUUUGCUACAGUGACCUCGCGGUUAGGAUGGGCGUGAACUUAGAGGGUUGGUAUUUCAGCCAAAUCAAGGGGACAUGUGAAGAUGUUAAUGAAGCUGAUAUUAUAUCUUGUGUUGAAUAUAAUAAAACUGGCGAUUUUCUAGCAACUGGUGAUCAUGGUGGUCGAAUUGUGAUUUUCAAACGAGAAAAUGAAGAUAAACUUCAAAAGUGUAUCAGUCACAAUGUGUAUUGUACAUUUGUCAGUCAUGAACCGGAAUUCGACUAUCUUAAAUCAUUGGAAAUUGAAGAAAAGAUCAAUAAAAUCCGAUGGUUACCACGUACUAAUCAUGCACAGUUUCUGCUUUCUACAAAUGACAAAACAAUUAAGCUUUGGCGUAUUACUGAACGAUGUCGACGUGUUGCCAAUAGUAGUUGUAUAUCUUCUGAUUAUUUUCUAAGCAAUGAUAAUAAUACUAGUACUAUUGAUGACGACCAUGAUGGUUUUGUAGUGAGUGAUAAUACAAACAAUUCAUCUGCUUCAUUGAAUAAAAUUUAUCAGAAAACUGAUCUACGUGUACCAUAUUAUGAAGAUAUUGAUCCAGUCAUGGAUGCACAUCCUAAACGAAUAUUUGCUAAUGCACAUACUUAUCUUAUCAAUUCAUUAUCAGUGAAUUCCGAUCAAGAGACAUUUCUCUCAGCAGAUGAUUUAAGAAUUAAUUUAUGGAAUUUAGAAAUUACCAAUCAAUCAUUCAAUAUUGUCGAUUUAAAACCUGUAAAUAUGGAAGAUUUAUCUGAAGUGAUAACAGCUGCACAAUUUCACCCAUCAGCAUGUUCACUAUUUAUUUACAGCAGUAGUAAAGGUACUAUACGUUUAUGCGAUAUGCGUCAACGUGCAUUAUGCGAUGAACAUGCAUUAUCAUUUGAAGAAGUUGACGAUCCAAUGAGUCGAUGCUUUUUCUCUGAAAUUAUUAACAAUAUAUCCGAUUUAAAUUUUAGUCAUUCCGGUCGUUAUAUUUUAAGUCGUGAUUAUUUAACAUUGAAAG